GCUCACAUGCUUUAGAGCAAAGACUUUAUAUGAUGGCUACAAUUGAGCUUAUAUAGAAUUUUAAUAUUUCAUAUUUAUUUGCGAAGUGGCAGCAAAAUGUCAUCAUGUGUUGGUAAUAACGUGUUGCGGUAAUGAAAAUUGUUACUUUUUUAAAGAAAAAAACUAGCUAGGCCAUGGAUUUGCUAAAGCUAGUCAACAGCUAGUACAAGAUGCACUUUUAAAUAAAUAAAUAAUGUGCAAAUUUCUUUUUUUCUUUUUUUUUGGUAAAGUACUGCCGUACUGAUGUAAAUGGUAAUGACGCUGAAUAAAUAUACUCUAUGAUCAGGAGGAAUACAUGAUUAAAUUACUCACAUUUCCAGACAUUAAAAUAUCGAUCUUCUCUCAUGGCUGGCAUGUGCUUCCUUGCAAGUCUUUGUUUCCAUGGUUACAACAUAAACAAGUGUUACCUUCAAAUGAUUCCCUACAGAAACCGUACACUGCUGCGGUAAUGACGAUAAUGCCGGGGACAGUCAUAUAUUGCUCAAAAAUAUGCAUAGGUUGUACAAAUAUGAAAAAAAAAUACAUUUUGUUUCUUUUUAAGUUAUUAUAAAACUCAUAUUGUGAUGUUUAUAAUGAAUUAAUCACUUUUUAGCAUUUUAUUAGAGCAGAGAAGUUUUAAAGUCUGGGUUGGGGACAAGGCCAAAGUAGCAAAAUAUUGAUGUUUAAAUCAUCAUAAAAAAUGAAAAUCAUAAUUAUUUUGGUAUGUAAUUUUUUUUAGUGAUGCAAUGAAUGAUCUUUUUAAUACCUAAAAUAUUUGUUUUGUAAUAAAGUAUUUUUAAUACAAAUUUAUAACUUAGGGACGUAAAAGUUCCCCUAAUUGAAGAAUCACCCCUAAACAUUUGUGCUGUUUUUCCAUCCUCCUUAGCAAGUGCUGAGUAGAUUUCUACAGUGGAUUUCGAUUUCGUUAGUUAACACCAUCACUACACAUUCAAAAAACAGUUCAUUUUAAUUUUGUACUGUUUGUAAUAAAAGCAUUUUAGCGGCUCUGGUACGUUUUGAAAGUAGCCCCCCAAAAAAUCGCCACUCCAUUUCAAAACAAACACAAUUUUGCGUGGAAAACGCGAACCUGGCAACUCUGUGUGCUACUGUUCAGUCACGGUGCCAACCUGUAGCUCUUAAAUUUUUUGAUUGACGUGUCUUAAACCAAUGGGAAUAGCGGAAUAGGGAGUGGGCGGGACUUAUUCUUCUGUCUAGGCUUGAAGCGGAGCAGCGCGUCUCCUCACUGUUCAUCCCAUCAUCAUGAGCUCCAAGUGCCCACGCUGCCACAAACCCGUCUACUUCGCGGAGAAGGCGAGCUCUCUGGGGAAGAACUGGCAUCGUUUCUGUCUGAAAUGUGAACGCUGUAACAAGAUUCUCUCGCCCGGCGGCCACGCUGAGCACGAUGGAUUGCCGUACUGUCAUAAACCCUGCUACGGAACCCUGUUUGGACCAAAAGGUGUGAAUAUCGGAGGGGCGGGGUCCUAUAUAUAUGACACGCCCCCUUCAACUCCGGUCAACAAAUCAUCUGACGGAUCCCCAGACGUCUCACCGACAACGCCGUGGUCCCACGCCCUCAUCGAACAUCAUCAACCCAAAGUACCAGCUCCACCGACGCGGAUGUUUGCCGGCGAGGCAUCUCGGUGUCCUGGCUGUGGAACAGCCGUCUACUUCGCGGAGAAAGUGACGUCACUGGGUCGUAACUGGCACAGACCGUGCCUGCGCUGCGAGAGGUGCAAGAAGACGCUGACAUCUGGUGGCCAUGCUGAGCAUGAUGGUCGACCCUAUUGCCACGUGCCCUGCUACGGCUACCUGUUUGGUCCGAAAGGUGUGAACAUCGGUGAGGUGGGCUGUUACGUCUAUCAUCACGAGAAGUCUGAGAACGAGAUCAUCAAUUAACAUAGAAUGAAUUAAACCGCAAACAGGAAGCAGUUUUAUCUGUCAUACUCUAAACAAAGAUGGUUUGUACUGUAUGUAUUGCCAAUAUGUUAUUACUAUUUAUAAUCGUCACAUAAUAAACAGUAUAUACAUGAACAUGCACGUUACUGAAACACACAAAAACACUUUAAUGAUGAAACACACUAAAUGAGCUUGUUCCUUCCCUCCUGUCUUUAUUUUAGCUUAUUUAUUUAAUUGUUGUAUAAGUACCGAGCUGGAAUUCACCAAGCUAAAUGUUUUAUAUGGUUAAUAUGUACACUAAUAAAACGUUCUGUACAUCUGUA